CGUGUUGUUGCAUCAUCUGUCCAUGUGAAUAUAAGCACACUUGUGCAGCAGCCGGCCGGUUAAAGACAUUUCCAUUGACGAGUUGGCGCUGUUGAAAAAAUCAAUCAUCAUAUAAUUGUUGAUGCUUUAUUCAUCACCGAUUUUAAAACAACAACCACUCAAUUAAGCACCAGAAUCUUGUCAUCAUCAUGGCAGCGAAUGGAAACCAGUGUCCGGACUCCGAGGAGACCACCUUUCCGGGUUUUGCUACGGCAGCACUCCAUGCCGGCCAAGAGCCCGAGCAAUGGGCUUCCAACUCCGUAGUGCCUUUGAUCAGCUUGUCGACAACUUACAAGCAACAUGCGCCGGGGCAACUGGCAGCGGGUUACGAGUAUAGCCGUGGUGGUAAUCCAACGAGGAAGGUUUUGGAAACAUGCAUUGCUUCAAUAGAGGGCGGCAAAUACGGGUUGGCGUUCGCCUCCGGUCUGGCAGCAACCACAGCGAUCAGCCAGAUGCUCAAAGUUGGAGACAGUAUCAUCUGUAUGGAUGACCUGUACGGUGGUACCAACCGCUUCUUCAACCGUAUCUUAGUCAAUUCUGGCAUCAAGGUCAAGAUGGUAGACGCUUGCGAUGUAUCACGUAUUGAGGCUGCCAUUGACGCUACUACCAAGAUGAUCUGGAUUGAGACCCCGACAAAUCCGACAUUGAAGCUUGUUGAUAUUGAAGCUGUCUGUAAGGUUGCUCAUCUUCAUGACAUCUUUGUGGUGACAGAUAACACGUUUGCCUCACCGUAUUUCCAGCGCCCUCUAGAUUUUGGAGCAGAUAUCGUGUACCACUCUGCAACAAAGUACGUUAACGGUCACAGCGACGUCGUGAUGGGCUUGAUAGCUACUAACAGGGAAGACAUCAAGGACAAGUUGCAUUUCAUCCAGUAUGCAUCUGGAGGAGUCCCGUCGCCCUUUGAUUGUUUCCUUGUCAAUCGUGGAAUCAAGACGUUGCAUGUCCGUAUGCGCACACACGAGAAGAACGCAUUCGCAGUCGCUAGGGCUCUGGAGGCUAAUCCGAGGGUAGUGAAAGUGACAUACCCAGGUCUGCCGUCCCACCCCCAGCAUGAAGUUGCCAAGAAGCAAAUGAGAGGCUUCAGCGGAAUGGUAACCUUUCGGAUCAAAGGAGGUCUAGUGCAGGCCCAAGACUUCUUCAAGUACAUCAAGGUCUUCACCCUGGCAGAGAGCCUGGGUGGCUUCGAGAGUCUUGCUGAACUGCCGGCCGUCAUGACGCAUGCUUCAGUCCCUCCAGCUCAGCGUAUAGAACUAGGUAUAGAUGACACCCUCAUCAGACUCUCUGUAGGUAUUGAGGACAUGGAAGAUCUCGUUAACGACGUCAACCAAGCCCUAAAAAAUGCUGUUCCGGACUCCUUGCUGUGAAAGGGAAAUUGCCAUACUU